AUGUAUCAUGACCUGCGAAGGACGUACUUGUGGGAAGGAAUGAAAAAGGAAGUAGCCCAAUUUGUGUCUACCUGUCUAGUGUGUCAACAAGUCAAGGCUGAACACCAGAAACCUGGAGGAGAUCUUCAACCUUUUCCAAUUCCGACCUGGAAGUGGGAGCAUAUCUCAAUGGAUUUCAUGACUGGACUACCAAGAUCCACCAAAUCUAACAUUGCUAUUUGGCACUUACCACUGGUAGAGUUCACCUACAACAACGGCUACCAGGCAAGUAUCGAGAUGGCACCGUACGAAGCUCUAUAUGGUCGACCUUGUCGAUCUCCAGUUUGCUGGAUAGACGUUGGAGAAACUGGGAUGAUUGGACCUGACAUAGUACGGGAUACCACGGAGAAGGUCAAGACCAUCAGACCAAAGAAAGGAGUUAUCAGAUUUGAGAAAAAGGGAAAGUUGUCCCCACGCUACAUCGGACCCUUCGACAUUGUGGAGAAAAUCAGAAAGGUUGCGUAUCAUCUAGCGCUGCCACCACAGCUAGAUAGGGUGCAUAACAUGUUCCACGUUUCAAUGCUCCGCAAGUAUCUUGCGUUGUCCACACAUGUCCUCAACUGGGAAGACAUCACCAUCAAAGAAGACGCGACAUACGAAGAAGAACCAAUAGAGAUUCAGGACCGAAGUGAGAAGAUAAUCUGA